GUCUUUUAAAUAGGUUUUUAGGGAAAAUUUUAUAGCAUAUAUGUGUAUAAUUCUUAGUAAAAUUUUUGUUCAUAUUUUUUUAAGAGUCCAUAACCACUCUAACCUUUUGGAAUAUUUAUGGUAUUAUCACCCAAAAUCUAUCAGUUAUUUUUAUGUCUCUAUAUCAUGGUAGAUAAAAACCAGUUUUCAGACACUCUUUAAAAAAACCACAGAUGUUUAUAUAUGUUUUACAUUUUCCUUAUUCUACUGAGAGUGAAGGUAACUGGUAGAUAUUUACUAAAUACAGAAUGCUACCUUAUGGAGGACAAAAGUCUGUGGAUGAUAAAAGUAACAUACUUUCCUUCUCUCUAUUGUAUUACUCUACUUAGUGAUGUACUACUCUUGGAUACUGUGGUCUCUUCAAAAAUUUGGGUAAUAUUCCCAAGGUAAUUUUGUCUAUACAUUUUUAUUGAACUGAUAUAUUUCUGGAUUAAUGAUAACUUUGGAUUUACUAAUCUGCUACACUCCUGAUGUACUUAUUUUACCUUAACUUCAUGUUGUGUAUGCAAAUAUAUUUAUCCCAAUCUAGUAUGUAAUUUUUUUAAAAUUUUUUGUUUACUUCAGCCAUGACUACUCAUCACAACGAAGAAUAUUCACCAGAAAAGGGCAUAAAACAUAUAUUUCACAAAGUGAUAAGUGGGAACUAUAGAAUUUUUUAUCUUGACUAUUUACAAGAAAAGAAAAUAUGGAAAACUAUAUGUGAGAGUAAACAUCAGAAAUUAUAUCAAAAAUCAGGCCUUGUUCACCUCCAAAGAAUUUAUACCGGAGAGAAGCCCUACAAACAUAAACAAUGUGGCAAAGCUUUUAGUAAAAAAAAAAGUCUUAUUUACCACAGAAGAACCCAUGCUGGAGAGAUGUCCUACCAAUGGGCAGAAUGUGAUAAAGUUUUUAAAGAAAAAUCAAUCUUUAUUAAGCAAAGCAGAAUUCACACUGAAAAGAAGACCUACAAAUGUAAAGUAUGUGGUAAAGCUUUUACUCAAAUAUCAACCCUUAUUUGCCACAACAGAACUCACACUGGAGAGAAGCCCUACAAAUGUAAAGAAUGUGGAAAAGCUUUUAGUCAAAAAACACACCUUAUUUGCCACAAUAGAACUCACACUGGAGAGAAGCCCUACAAAUGUAAAGAAUGUGGAAAAGCUUUUAGUCGAAAAACACACCUUAUUUGCCACAACAGAACUCACACUGGAGAGAAGCCCUACAAAUGUAAAGAAUGUGGAAAAGCUUUUAAUAAAAAAGCAGGCCUUAUUUGCCACAACAGAACUCAUACUGGAGAGAAGCCCUACAAAUGUAAAGAAUGUGGAAAAGCUUUUAGUCAAAAAGCCAGCCUUAUUUGUCACAAAAGAACUCACACUGAAGAGAAGGCCUACAAAUGUAAAGAGUGUGGCAAAGCUUUUAGUCACAAAACAAGCCUUAUUUGUCACAAAAGAACUCACACUGAAGAGAAGGCCUACAAAUGCAAAGUAUGUGACAAAGUUUUUACUCAAAUAUCACACCUUAUUUGCCACAGCAGAACUCACACGGGAGAGAAGCCCUACAAAUGUAAUGAAUGUGGCAAAGCUUUUACUCAAAAAACACACCUUAUUCACCACAACAGAACUCACACUGGAGAGAAGCCCUACAAAUGUAAAGAAUGUGGAAAAGCUUUUAGUCAAAAAACAGGCCUUAUUCGCCACAGGAGAACUCACACUGGAGAGAAGCCCUACAAAUGUAAAGAAUGUGGAAAAGCUUUUAGCCAAAAAGCAGGCCUUAUUUGCCACAAUAGAAGUCACACUGGAGAGAAGCCCUACAAAUGUAAAAAGUGUGGCAAAGCUUUUAAUAAAAAAUCUGGCCUUAUUUGCCACAACAGAACUCACACUAGAGAGAAGGCCUACAAAUGUAAAGAAUGUGGCAAAGCCUUUAGUCAAAAAACAAGCCUUCCUUGCUACAGAAGAACUCACACUGGAGAGUAGCCCUCCAAAUGUAAAUAAUGUGGCUAAGCUUUUAAUCAAAAAUAAAACUUUAUUUACCACAACAGAAGAUGCUCUGGUGAGAAACCUUAAAAAUAUGAAGAAAGUGAUAAUGCUUUUAAAGAAAAAGCAAACCUUAUUAACCACAAAAUUUAUACAGAAAAGAACCCCUACAAAUGGAAACAAUGUAGCAAAGCUUUUAAUAAGAAAUCAAAACUUUUUCACCACUACCAGGCUAUUUAUUCUGCAAAGAAGACUACAAAUGUAGAGAAUGUAGAAACAUUUUUAAUUAUAUAUCACACAUUACUAGACAUUCAAGAAAACACACUGGAGAGAAGCUAUACAAAUAAGACCUUUGUACCAUUUCUUUAAGGAUGGGUCAACAUUUAAUCCUCUCCACAAUCAUCACAGCAGAGAGAAAUUUUUGAAAUUUGAAAAUUGACAAUGUGACAAUGCCUCCAUAAAUGAUUCACCAAUACUCAGCACCUGAGGAUACAUACUGGUUAGAGAGAAUACAAAUGGGAAAAAAAAAUGUUUCAAAGCCACAGGUUUCUUAAACACUACUGAUAUUUGGAGACUUCAUUGUGCCCAGAAAUCCUAAAAAGUUAAAUAAUAUUUCCAAAACUUAUUCAAAUUUUCAAUUCAUUGAACAUUUUAAAACUCAUACCAGUAGUGAACAUUGAACAUAUUUUGUCCAAAAUGAAUGCCUUAUAUAACAAUAAAAUAUUUACAAUAAACACCUUGACAAAUGUGAGAGUAUAGUAAAGUCAUUACCUAUACAUUACACCUUGAUGUAUAUGAGGAUCAGUGAAAUACAGAACUAAUUUAAAUAUAGAAAAUGAGUAGUUAUCUUUAACUUUUACUUAUAAUCCCAGCAGCUUGGGGGCCGGGUGCAAAAGAACUUUUAGUUCAAAACCAGCCUGAGCAACUUAAUAAGGCCCUAAGCAACUUAGUGAGACCAUGUCUCUAAAUAAAAUAUAAAAAUGGUCUGGGAAUAUGGCUUAGUGAUUAAGCACCCCUGCAUUCAAUCCCAGGUACCAAAAAAAAAAAAAAAAAAAAAACGGGGAGGGGGGAAGGGCAGUGAAGAAAGCCAAAGUAAAAGUUUAAAAAAAGCAAGUAAACAAACAAAAAACUUACAUGUUUACAACAUCUAAGAAAUUUAGAAAAAUUCAGCAAUACAGACAGCAAACUCCAUAUUGAUUUAUCGAGUAUACUUUGAAAUAAAAUGGACCUAUUUACCAGUG